GGUAUUGGUGGAGACUCCAGAGAGCCCUCAGUGUCCAGAGAGGAUCCUAGGAUAUCUUGGCCCGGGCUGGGCGGAUGGCAGCUGUCAAAAGGAAAUAGGAUCAUGGCAGCAGAUGAUGACAAUGGUGAUGGAACAAGUUUAUUUGAUGUCUUUUCUGCUUCUCCUCUCAAAAAUAAUGAUGAAGGCUCAUUGGACAUAUAUGCUGGGUUGGACAGUGCUGUUGCUGACAGCACUUCCAAAUCCUGUGUGCCAUCCAGAAAUUGUUUGGAUUUAUAUGAAGAGAUCCUGACUGAAGAAGGAACUGCAAAGGAGGCAACAUAUAAUGAUCUACAGGAAAAAUAUGGAAAAUGUCAGCUGCAGAUGAAAGAACUGAUGAAAAAAUUUAAGGAAAUACAGACACAGAAUUUCAGCUUGAAAAAUGAAAACCAGUCUCUUAAGAAGAAUAUUUCAGCACUUAUCAAAACUGCCAGACUGGAAAUAAACCGCAAGGAUGAAGAAAUAAAUAAUCUUCACCAAAGAUUGUCUGAGUUUUCUCAUUUUCGAAAUAAUCAUAAAACUUCAAGAACAUCAGAUGCAGUUAGAACAAAAGAUCUUAGAUCCAGAUCUCCCCAUUUGGAUGAUUGUUCAAAGACUGAUCACAGAGUUAAAAGUGAUGUUUCCAAAGAUGUACAUCAUAACACUUCACUGCCAAACCUGGAAAAAGAAGGAAAAUCACAUUCUGAAAAAAAGAACACUUCAUAUUUGCCUUCAUCCGUUGAGAAACAUAGCACCAAUGGCAUGUGGUCACGUUCCCAUUAUCAAGUUGGUGAAUGUAACUCAAAUGAGGAUAAUAGAAAAGGGAGAAAAGAUAUUAGACAUAGCCAAUAUGGCAGAGGAACUGAUAGAAUACGAAAAGAUUUAAGUAAUAGCCUUGGUGCGAGUGAACCAAGAAACACAGAGACUAGUCCAAGGCUACAAGGACAUGCUGAGAAACAUGGUAAAAGUGAACCAAAGGCUGAAAGCAAACACUCAAUGUUCAAAAAUAACAUAGAUUUGGAUUAUAGAAGUGAACGUGGUAGCUCCUGUUGGGAGAAAGAGACAUCUAGAGAAAGGUCAUACAUGCGAAUAGAAUCUCAAAAUGACAAAAAACUAGAAAGACAAAGUGAAAGAUUACAGAAUACAAUUAGAAAAGAAUUUAAAUCACAGGACAGAGAAGAAAGAAAAGUUGAUCCAAAACUUAAAUCAGUAAUAAAAGACCAGGAUGACUGGAGGAGAUCUGAACGAGCAUCUCUUCCCCAUUCUACAAAUGAAUUAACAUCUCAUAGUUCCAGUAAAUACCACCCAGAAGAGAGAAGAGGAAAGGAAGAUUGUAAAAGAGACAGGAAUGUGAGCAGUCAUAAUUUUCAAGUUGGAAGAAGUUCAUCAUCUCUUUCAAGUACUAGAACUCACAAACACAUGGAGUUCAAGGAAGCUGAUGCUACACACCAACGGGAAAGUAUACCUUUAAAAGCAGAAAGGCACAGAAUUGAAGAUAAGAGGAAAAGAGAACGAGAAAACAAAGAAGAAAAUAGGCAUAUGAGAAAUAACAAAAAGUCACCUGCAGAACAUUUGCUGAAGACAAAUAAAGAAAUUAAAAAAAUUGCUACUGAAUUAAAGGAACAGAAUGGGACAAAAAAUGAUAAAAAUGAAGUCACUAAUAAUGAAGUUUCUGAAGGAAUGGAUAAUAAAUUGUUUUCAAUGAAAGCAGAGAAUGCUACAAAAGAAACAAACAAUAAAGACUUAAAGUUAAGUUUUAUGGAAAAACUGAACUUAACUCUUUCUCCAGCUAAAAAGCAGCCUGUUUGUCAGGAUAAUCAACAUAAAAUAACUGAAACUUCCAAAUCCAUUGACGUAAGUGGUUUGCAGACCUUGGUGCAGACUGAAAGAGUGACAUGUGUGCCCUCUGUCAGUAAACAUAUCACUGAAAAAACCAGAUCCAAGUUACUGAAACCAAAGGAUGCUCUUCCAGCAUCAUCUGAACUCAGAAGCAAUAGUCCAGAAAGCAAAAUAGAAGAAACUAGUUUGCUGGUUAAAUCUGUUGAGAUUACUAUGCCUUGUGAAGUGCCCAUUUUUGAUCCAGAGACUUCCUUCACAUCUGUAGAAACAAAACAAACAGAAUCCUUGUUUACAUCAGCAGAAAUGGAAAAAACCGUUGAUGGUGCAACAGCAGCAGAUUCUGUGGUAAUUAAUGUAUUGCAGACAGAUGGCUCUCAAAACUUUAGCCUGGAAUUGAAUAACAAAAGACAUGAUGGUUUAAAUUCUUGUGAUGUUUCUAAAAGUAUGGAAAUGAAGGAAGGUCCUUCAACUAAAGUGGUUGAAACUAGUGAAAGCCUUCUGCAGCCUUCAGUUGAAGAAGCUAGCAUUUUGCCAGUAAACCUUUCAGAAAUUGAUAACCCCAAAUUUAAGCCUUCCCCUAUACAUACACCACUGAGUGAGAGUAAGUCUUGUCUUUUGGAGACCUGCAUAUCUGAAGAAGCUCUAGCAUCUUCACUUCAGCAGACUGAAUUAAUGAACCACAGAAGAGAAAUUGGAGAGACAAACUCUGUAUAUCAUGAUGAUGAGAACUCAGUUUUAAGCAUUGACCUCAAUCAUCUGAGGCCUAUUCCAGAAGUCAUCAGUCCUCUGAAUAGUCCAGUAAGACCUGUAGCAAAAGUUCUUAGAAUGGAAAGUCCACCUCAAGUUGCAUUAUAUAAUAAAGGUGUGGUUUUACCAAAUUCAGCUCAUUCAACUUUCAAGAGUCAGUCUGAUCUCAACAAGGAAAAUCAAAAGCCAGUUUGUAAAUUUGACAAGUGUACAGAAGCAGACUCCUGUAAGAAUUCAUCUUUACAUGAACUAGAAGAAGGAGAAAUUAUAACUGACAGUGAAGACUCCAACCUACAAACAAGUUUGGGAAAAAGUGCUAAGUCUAGGUCUUCUGCUGCAGUGCAGAACACAGAAACUAGCCCAGGAAGUAGGAAAAGUACUCAUUUGAAUAUAGACCAUAAGAAAACAUAUGUAAAAAUCCACCAAAGCAACAGCAAAUGGCAUAAAAACCCAAGUGGAUCUAAGCAAUCUUCAAAAACAAAGAAAAAAGAUGAAACAAUGAGCACCUCCAGUUUGGAAAAAAUAGUUUCAAUUAUUCCUGUGCCCUGUUCUAUAGGAGAGAUUAUGCAUAUGUUACAAAUGAUUAAGAAGCAUGUAAAGAAAAAUUACAUGAAGUUCAAGGUAAAGUUUUCAUUGUUACAAUUUCACAGAAUUAUUGAGUCAGCUAUUUUGAGUUUUACAUCGCUAAUUAAACACCUUGACUUAUCCAAGAUUUCUAAGUCAGUAACUACUUUACAGAAGAAUCUCUGUGACUUUAUAGAAUCUAAACUUAAGGAAGUUAAAAAAAAUGGCAUAGUUGACCGCUUAUUUGAACAGCAACUGCCAGAUAUGAAAAAAAAAUUGUGGAAGUUUGUAGAUGAGCAACUUGAUUAUUUGUUGACAAAGCUUAAGAAAAUCUUAGUAAAAUUUUGUGAUUCUAUAAACUUUGGAAAUGACAGUGAUGAAGAAAAACUUGCAAAAUCAAAAAAAGACAAAGUACUGUAUUCUAAUAGGCAGAAGGGAAAUGUGGACAACUCCAACAAAGGAACACUAAGAGAAAAAUUGCCAAAAUCAGAGUACUCUGUAAAUUGUAAGUCUUUACUGGGAUCUAAAAAAACUGAGGAAAAAUGCCAAGACCAAAAUAACUCCAGCAUUAACAUAAUAAAGCAUGACACUAAAAAAAAUUUUAACACCUGCUUUGAUAAUAUGAAGAACUCUCAAUCUGAAGAACACUCCUUGGAACUAAAUUGUCCGAAAGACUCAAAGCCAACAGCAAAUGAAGGCAGUGCUGUAGAGGAUUCACAAAUGCCCCAGCAUGUAUCUUCAAAGCCAGAACGUAGUUUUGAGAUUCUUACUGAACAGCAAACAUCUAGCCUUACUUUUAAUUUAGUGAGUGAUGCUCAGAUGGGUGAAAUAUUUAAAAGUUUAUUGCAAGGUUCUGAUCUUUUGGACAACAGUGUUAAUUGUACUGAGAAAUCUGAGUGGGAGUUAAAGACUCCAGAGAAACAGCUGCUGGAGAGUCUUAAAUGUGAAUCCAUACCAGCUUGUACAACAGAAGAGCUCGUUUCAGGGGUGACUUCUCCAUGUCCUAAAAUGAUUAGUGAUGAUAAUUGGUCUUUAUUAUCAUCUGAAAAAGGUCCAUCUUUGCCAUCAGGUCUUUCUUUGCCAGUUCAUCCUGAUGUUUUGGAUGAAAAUUGUAUGUUCGAGGUAUCUACUAACCUAGCUCUAAAUAAAGAUACCAUAUGUAGUUCAGAAAAGAGCAAGCCCUGCAUUUCUUCCAUACUCCUUGAAGAUCUCGCAGUCUCUUUAACUGUACCAUCACCUCUGAAGUCAGAUGGUCAUCUCAGUUUCUUAAAACCUGAAUUUUUGUCUAGUUCAACUCCUGAAGAAGUUAUUAGUGCACAUUUCAGUGAAGAUGCCUUACUUGAGGAAGAGGAUGCAUCUGAACAAGAUAUUCAUUUAGCUCUAGAGUCUGAUAAUUCAAGCAGUAAAUCAAGUUGUUCAUCCUGGACAAGCAGGUCUGUUGCUCCUGGCUUUCAGUACCACCCUAAUCUACCCAUGCAUGCUGUCAUAAUGGAAAAGUCCAAUGAUCAUUUCAUUGUGAAAAUACGGCGUGCAGCUCCAUCUACUUCCCCUGGUCUCAAACAGAGUAAGGUAACCACUGAGUCAUUGGCAUCUUUGCCCAGAGAUGAAAAAGAAAUUGAUACAGCAAAGAAAGAACAUAUUUCAUGUCAGAACACAAGUUUUAAGUCUGUGGAGGAUUUGGAAAAUUGCAAUAAAAAUGAUAGCAGUAAAUCAGUUAAUGAAGAACAAAACUCUAUGAUACAAACACAGGUUCCUGAUAUAUAUGAAUUUCUUAAGGAUGCUUCAGGUAAAGUAAGUCAUAAUGAAGUACCUGGUGAUUGUUUCAAGUUGCAUCAAGUAUGGGAAUCAAAAGUGCCUGAAAACAUUGAAGCAUUGCCUUCAACGGAAGAAAUUCCACACUCUGUUGAGGAUCAUCUUCCAAACACAUUAAUAAACUUACCAAAAGAUCCAGUCACUGAGACAAAAAACUUGGGGGAACUGAUAGAAGUAACAGUUUUAAACAUUGAUCAGUUGGGAUGUUCUGGAGACAAUUUAGAUCAUAAUGCUCGGAUAUUGAAUAAUUCUUUGCAGCCUGAAACUAUAGAAGCUUUUAUUGAUUUGACACAGGAUGCUCCAAACAAGAGUAAAAAUGAAGGUAAUCAAUCUGUGUUGGCAGUGGAAGACCUGGAAUGUCAAGUGAUAUGUGUAGAUGAAGACAGCUGCAAGGAAAAGGUAGAAAUGGCAGACAGGCCUUUGGAAUACAUUGUUGAAGAAACUUGUAUAGACUUGACCACAGAAUCUCCUGGUUCAUAUGAAGUAAAAGAUGAUUUAAAAUUAGAACCAGCAUCAAAUUCUGAUGGUUUAGAGUUGCCUGGGACUUUAGCUAAUGUUCACAGGAAAAGAAAAAAUUUUUCUGAUCUAAAUCACUCUUGUCAGAAAAAACAAAGAAAGGAAACAGACCUAACCAGUAUGGAAAAGACUGCAAAACUGAUCCAAGAGUCUAGUGAAGAUGGUGACACUCUUCAAAAGAAAGCCAGUAAGAAAAAGGCAGAGACUAAAGAUUCCUCAUCAACAAGCCCAGGGAUUAAAAAUUCAGCAGCACCUAGCACUUCUACAAGUCUCUCUGCAAAGAAUGUUAUUAAAAAGAAGGGAGAAAUUACAAUUUUAUGGACAAGAAAUGAUGACCGGGAAAUUUUACUAGAGUGUCAGAAAAGAAGGCCGUCACUGAAAACGUUCACACAUUUAGCUGUCAAGUUAAAUAAAAAUCCAGAUCAGGUUUCAGAAAGAUUCCAGCAGCUAAUGAAGCUCUUUGAAAAGUCAAAAUGCAGGUAGCUAAUGGUUAUACUACAGGAGACUAGUAUAGUAAAUGCUGACACAUCAUACAUCAUUUUGCAGCCGGUGGCCCAUUAAUCAUUGCAAAUGUGGGCAGUGGGUGAGGGAGCAGCCUCCAGUAGGGUUCCUGCUUCAGUCGCAGGUUGGGGAUGCUUGUAGGCAUCUCAGGUUAUGACAUGUGCCGGCCCAUACUCAAGAAGCCUGCUGCAGACCAGCAUGGCAUUUCUCCUCAGCUUUCUGAUUGCUGAUGAGUCUAAGGUGAGGGAAAUCCAUUUGGUGAUUACUAAUAAAGUUUUUAUAGAUGAAGGAGAAUAAAAGAAAAUAUUUUUGAGCAGCAAUAUGUUUCAUGACCAGUGAAGUCUAUGGUCAUUAUAAUUUACUAUUUCUCACAUUUUUAUCAGAUUACUUACACUUUAAAAUACAAAAUUUAUGUUAUAAAUAUGA